GACGAACCUCUGCCCAAAUCAUUUACAUUCACAGCCUUCACAGUUUCACACACGCACAACGCCAACGGGACGGGUAGGCAGGCAGCAGUCCAUCUUCUAACGGUUCUCCGUUUUUUACAUAAAUAAUCGUAACCAUGGCAACGGGGUGCAUAACGGCCACCAAGUACUUCCUGUUCCUGUUCAACCUCCUCUUCUUUAUCUUUGGAGCGUUGAUCAUGGGAUUCGGGCUCUGGGUUCUCCUUGACAACCAGAGCUUCAUUGCAGUGCUACAGGAGUCUUCCAACACCCUGAAGGUGGCCUCCUACAUCCUGAUAGGUGUGGGGUCUCUCUCCAUGGUCAUGGGCUUCCUGGGCUGUAUAGGAGCCAUCUACGAGAUCCGCUGCCUGCUUGGUCUGUACUUCACCUGCCUCCUGCUCAUCCUUGUUGCCCAGGUGACAGCCGGCGUGCUCAUCUAUUUCCAGAGAGACCUGCUGAAGAACGAGAUGUCCAACAUCAUGAAGGGGAUGCUGGCCAACUACACGGGCCAGAACAAGACCUCGGAGCUGACCUGGGACUACAUUCAGAGGACGAUGAUGUGCUGUGGAUGGACACAGCCUUCUAACUGGUCGGAGAACGUGUGGAUCAAGAACAGCUCUCAGAUUCUGUACCCCUGCUCCUGCCGGAACGCCUCCCUGCCCGGCACCGACAUCAAGGAAUCAGGCCUGUGUGAGAGCAUGUCCACGGACAUGCCCAUCUACCAAACGGGCUGCAUACACAAUGUGGAAGGCUGGCUCCUGGAGAACUGUGGAGUUAUUCUUGGAAUCUGUGUCGGAGUGGCAGUUGUGGAGCUUUUGGGCAUGAUCCUGUCCAUGUGCCUCUGCAAGAGUGUUGUCCAGGAAGAUUACACCAAGGUUCCCAAGUACUGAGACGGAUGACGACUGGAGCCAUGCAGCCCACACAUGCCUGGACACACACACGCACACACAAACACGGAGAGGCAGCUGUCUCAAGCCAUUAACCAUCCUCUGUCAAGACAACUGUGUAGGUCUUGAACUCUUGUCUCUUCUCAGUCAAGUCUCCCAUUUUUACACACACACACACACACACACAUCUCAUUCUAUAUGAACAAAGGACCUUGUUCUUUUUGGACAUGCACUCGCUGUUUUACAAUGGUUCGCCAAUAAUUCAUAUUUUUAUCAGACAAAACAGCAUUUAUUUAGCACCAGUUUUGGAUUCUGUUUUGAAUGAAGCCAGAAGUUCAGGCAUAAUGACGUCCUCGUCGUCGGCGUGAACGAAUGAACUGUGUCCCUGUCCUCUCCCCUGUGUCACUGUACUCCCCCCUGUGUCCAUCUCCACUGUCCUCCCCCUGUGUCCUUGUCCUCCCCCCUGUGUCCCUGUCCUCCCCCCUGUGUCCCUGUCCUCCCCACUGUGUCCCUCUCCACUGUCCUCCCCCCUGUGUCCCUGUCCUCCCCCCUGUGUCCCUGUGUCCUUGUCCUCCCCCCUGUGUCCCUCUCCACUGUCCUCCCCCCUGUGUCCCUGUGUCCUUGUCCUCCCCCCUGUGUCCCUCUCCACUGUCCUCCCCCCUGUGUCCAUCUCCACUGUCCUCCCCCCUGUGUCCCUGUCCUCCCCCCUGUGUCCCUGUCC